AUGGAUACCAGGAGCAACACAAUUAAGUUGAUGCUUUCCCUUUUCAUCUCAUGCCUAUAUCUCAGUACUUCUAUCUCCCUUGCAGCUGACUCCAUCACUACAAGCCAAUCUCUAUCUGGUGAUCAAACCAUUGUUUCAGCAGGUGGGGUUUUUGAACUGGGUUUCUUCAAACCAGGUAAUGCUUCAAAAUUCUACAUAGGCAUUUGGUACAAGCAAGUAUCAGAGCAAACCAUAGUCUGGGUGGCAAAUAGGGAACAACCUGUCCUUGAUAGAAUGUCUUCAGUACUGAAGAUCUCAGAUGGUAAUUUAGUACUCUUUGAUGAGUCCAACACUUCAAUCUGGUCUACAAAUGUGGCUUCCGACGUCACCUUAGGCACUUCUAUACAAGCAGUUCUUUUAGAUGAUGGAAACUUUGUCUUAAGACCCAAGUCUGAUUCCUCCCACCCUUUAUGGCAAAGUUUUGAUCAUCCAACCCAUACUUUUCUACCAGGAAGUAAAAUUGGAUUGAACAGAGGUACCAAACAAACCCAGAUGCUUACUUCAUGGAAUAAUAUAGAGGAUCCUUCACCGGGCCAAUUCUCUCUUGAGCUAGACCCAAAGGACAACUCAUUUAUCAUGAAGUGGAAUAGGUCUGUAUCGUAUUGGACAAGUGGAUCUUGGGAUGAAAACAAACGUACUUUCAGUUUGCUUUGCUAUAUGUGCAAUUUUAGCUAUGUUAAAAACGAAAAUGAGAGCUUCUUCACCUAUUCUCUAUAUGAUCCUCGCAUCAUAUCUCGAUUCAUAAUGGAUGUCACGGGUCAGCUUAAGCACCUGACCUGGGAUCCUCUGCGACGGGAGUCGUAUUGGUCUCAGCCGACAAAACAAUGUCAAGUUUAUGGUCUGUGUGGGGCAUUUAGUAGUUGCGAUGAAAACUCCUUUCCCUUCUGUAAGUGUCUGAUGGGUUUUGAACCAAAGUCAGUGACCCGUUGGGAGUUGCAGGAUUACUCUGUUGGGUGUUCAAGAAAAACCAGGCUGAAGUGUGGAAAUGUUACUGGUGUUGAAGGGAUGAGUGACAGGUUUAUAAAAAUGUCAAGCAGGCUAUCAUCCGCAGAUAAACAGCUUCAGGAUGUUUAUACUAUUGAACACUGUGAAUCAAUUUGCUUAAAUGACUGCAAUUGCACUGCUUAUGGUUAUAGCAGCUCUUCUUCUGAAUGUACAACUUGGGAGGGCGAUCUGUUGGCGGAUAAAAAUGGAAAUACUUUAUACAUCAGAAUAGCAGCUUCGGAUUAUAAGAAUCUCAAAGGUAGAAAAUGGAGGAUUGUAAUUGUAACAGUGUCAGCAACAGUAGGGUUGGUAGGAACCCUACUGUUGCUUACUAUAGAUUUUUUUGGCUAUCUUUUAUGGAAGAAAACUUUGGGAAAGAGAAGUGAAACUAUCAAGAAUCUUAGUGCUGCUGGGGUGGAGAAGGGUACGGAACUAGAACUAUUUAGUUUAAGGAGUAUAUUAGUAGCUACUAAUAACUUCUCUGAAGCGAAUAAACUAGGAGAGGGAGGAUUCGGCCCUGUUUAUAAGGGGAUUUUGCCUGAAAAUCAAGAAGUAGCCAUAAAAAGGCUAUCAAAGAAGUCCGGGCAAGGACAACAGGAGUUCAUGAAUGAGUUAAAGCUUAUAGCUAAGCUCCAACAUACCAGUCUUGUUAGACUCAUGGGUUGCUGCAUUGAAGCAGAGGAAAUGAUAUUGAUGUAUGAGUACAUGCCAAAUCGAAGUUUGGACAAAUUUCUGUUUGAUCCAUCCGAAAAGACAAAAUUGGACUGGGGUAAACGUUUUAGAAUUAUAGAAGGUAUAGCUCAAGGAUUGCUUUAUAUCCACAAGUACUCGAGAUUAAAAAUCAUUCACAGGGAUCUAAAAGCAAGUAAUAUUCUGUUGGAUGGAACAUUGAGCCCUAAGAUUUCUGACUUUGGAAUGGCAAAGAUUUUUGACAUAAAUCAAACUGAAGCAAAUACUAACAGGGUUGUAGGGACCUACGGUUACAUGUCCCCUGAGUAUGCACGCUAUGGUCAUUUCUCUGAGAAAUCAGAUGUCUUUAGCUUUGGAGUUUUGUUGUUGGAGAUUGUAAGUGGAAAAAAGAAUGCUAGUUUCUGUCGUUUUGAAAGAGUACUAACUCUUUCUGAAUGGGCAUGGGACCUAUGGAAAGAAGGAAGAGGAACAGAGGUGAUUGAUGCAUCAGUAAGAGAAACGAUUCGGGUUCAUGAAGCUUUAAGGUGUAUCCAUGUAGGACUUUUGUGCGUUCAAGAAUCUGCAGCUGAUCGACCUGCAAUGGCGUCAGUAAUUCACAUGUUGCAGGGAAAUGAAGCUACGUCUCUUCCACCCGCCAAUGAACCCGCCUUUUCAACACAGACGAAUAUCAAUACUGCUACUGGUAAUUCUUUUCAAACUUCUACCAAUUAUUCAAACAAUGAGCUCACGAUUAGUUUGCCAGAAGCUCGAUAG